GCGUAGCCGCAGGGAGGUGACUGAAGCGAGUCCAGCCCCUUGCAUCCUCCCCCUGUGUACCUCCCUCCUCUUUUUUUCCUCCUUCUGCCAGCAUAAGCAGCCACCGCAGCACCUGAGCCGCUACUGCCGCUGGCUCAGGACAGCGCUAUGGCUGAGCCUAGUCUCAACCCUCAUCCCUCUGCCAGAGGCGGAGGAAGAAGUGAAAGGCGCACAUCCCGGCUUCUGUGGCUGUUGCUCUGGGCUGAGACCACCUUCCAGGUGACCCUGGGAACCGGACCCGAGCUUCACGCCUGCAAAGAGUCAGAGUACCACUAUGAAUACACCGCCUGUGACAGCACGGGUUCCAGGUGGAGGGUCGCCGUGCCACACACCCCGGGCCUGUGUACCAGCCUCCCCGACCCCGUCAAGGGCACCGAGUGCUCUUUCUCUUGCAAUGCCGGAGAGUUUUUGGAUAUGAAGGACCAGUCCUGCAAGCCCUGCGCAGAGGGCCGCUACUCCCUCGGCACUGGCAUCCGGUUUGAUGAGUGGGAUGAACUGCCUCAUGGCUUUGCCAGCCUCUCGGCGAACCUGGAAGUCGAUGACACCAUCACUGAGUCCACGGAGAACUGCACUUCGUCCAAGUGGGUUCCCCGAGGAGACUACAUUGCUUCCAACACGGACGAAUGCACAGCCACUCUGAUGUAUGCCGUCAACCUAAAGCAGUCCGGCACAGUUAACUUUGAAUACUACUACCCAGACUCCAGCAUCAUCUUUGAGUUUUUUGUCCAGAAUGACCAGUGCCAGCCCAAUGCUGAUGACUCCAGGUGGAUGAAAACUACGGAGAAAGGAUGGGAAUUCCACAGUGUUGAGCUAAACAGAGGCAAUAAUGUCCUCUAUUGGAGAACCACAGCUUUCUCAGUGUGGUCCAAAGUGUCCAAGCCUGUGCUUGUGAGAAACAUUGCCAUUACAGGGGUGGCUUACACUUCGGAAUGUUUCCCCUGCAAGCCUGGCACAUACGCCUCCAAACAGGGCUCCUCUUUCUGCAAGCUUUGUCCAAUCAACACUUACUCCAAUAAAGGAGAAACUUCUUGCCAUCCAUGUGAUCCUGACAAAUACUCAGAAAAAGGAUCUUCCACCUGCAAAGUGCGCCCAGCCUGCACAGACAAGGAUUAUUUCUAUACCCACACAGCCUGUGAUGCUAAUGGAGAGACACAGCUCAUGUACAAGUGGGCCAUGCCAAAAAUCUGUGGUGAUGACCUCGAGGGAUCAGUGAAGUUGCCCGCCUCUGGUGUGAAAACCCAAUGCCCGCCCUGCAACCCAGGCUUCUUCAAAACCAACAACAGCACCUGCGAACCCUGCCCCUACGGCUCGUACUCCAAUGGCUCCGAGUGUACCCACUGCCCAGCGGGAACUGAGCCUGCGGUGGGAUUUGAAUACAAAUGGUGGAACACGCUGCCCUCCAACAUGGAAACUACUGUUCUCAGCGGAAUCAACUUUGAGUACAAAGUCCUGACCGGCUGGGAGGUGGCUGGUGACUACAUUUAUACAGCUGUUGGAGCCUCAGACAACGACUUCAUGAUUCUCACGCUAGUUGUGCCAGGAUUUAGACCUCCCCAGUCAGUGAUGGCCGACACAGAGAACAAAGAGGUGGCCAGGAUCACAUUUGUCUUCGAGACCGUCUGCUCUGUGAACUGUGAGCUCUACUUCAUGGUGGGCAUGAACUCUAGGACCAACACUCCAGUGGAGACGUGGAAAGGCCCCAAAGGCAAGCAGUCCUACACCUACAUUAUCGAGGAGAAUGCUACCGUGAGCUUCACAUGGGCCUUCCAGAGGACCACUCUGCACAAAACUGGCAGAAAGUACACUAAUGAUGUUGCCAAGAUCUACUCCAUCAAUGUCACCAACGUCAUAGGUGGUGUGGCUUCCUACUGCCGUCCCUGCGCCCUAGAAGCCUCUGAUGUGGGCUCCUCCUGCACCUCUUGUCCUGCUGGCCAUUACAUUGACCGAGAUUCUGGAACCUGCCACCUCUGCCCCCCUAACACCAUCCUGAAAGCCCACCAGCCUUACGGCGCACAAGCCUGUGUGCCCUGUGGCUCCGGGACAAAGAGCAACAAGAUCCACUCCCUCUGCUACAAUGACUGCACCUUCUCCUUCACCCAAAACAAUCCCACCAGGACGUUCAACUACAACUUCUCAGCUCUGGCCAGCACCAUCUCUCUUGCAGGAGCGCCGAGCUUCACUUCGAAAGGGCUGAAGUAUUUCCAUCAUUUCACCCUGAGUCUCUGUGGGAACCAGGGGAAAAAAAUGGCUGUGUGCACAGACAAUGUCACUGAUAUCCGGAUCCCUGAUGGUGAGGCUGGUUUCUCCAAGUCCAUCACAGCCUAUGUCUGCCAGGUGGUCAUCAUCCCCUCAGAGGUGACAGGCUACAAGGCCGGGGUGUCUUCACAGCCGGUCAGUCUUGCUGACCGACUUGUUGGAGUGUCGACAGACAUGACUUUGGAAGGAAUCGUCUCCCCAGCUGAACUCUUCCACCCAGAGACCUCAGGGCUCCCGGACGUAGUCUUCUUUUUCAGAUCCAACGAUGUGACCCAGUCCUGCAGUUCCGGAAGAUCAACUACUAUCCGCCUCAGGUGCAACCCCAUGAAAGCUGCUCCGGGCACCCUGCGGCUCCCCAGCAUGUGCUCCGAUGGGACCUGCGACGGCUGUAACUUCCACUUCCUAUGGGAGAGUGUGGCUGCUUGUCCACUCUGCUCAGCCUCCGACUAUCACACUUUUGUGAGCAGUUGUGUGGCUGGGAUUCAGAAGACGACUUACAUGUGGCGGGAACCAAAGAUGUGUUCCGGGGGCAUCUCCCUGCCUGAGCAGAGAGUCACCAUCUGCAAGACAAUAGAUUUCUGGCUAAAAGUGGGCAUCUCUGCUGGCACCUGCACCGCCAUCCUGCUCAUCGUCCUGACCUGCUACUUUUGGAAGAAGAAUCAAAAACUGGAAUACAAAUACUCCAAACUGGUCAUGAAUGCUACCCUCAAAGACUGCGACCUGCCAGCAGCCGACAGUUGUGCCAUCAUGGAAGGAGAGGACGUGGAAGACGAUCUCAUCUUUACCAGCAAGAAGACACUCUUUGGGAAGAUCAAAUCCUUUACCUCUAAGAGGACUCCUGAUGGAUUUGACUCGGUGCCGCUGAAGACAUCUUCAGGAGGCCCAGACAUGGACCUGUGAGAGGCGCAGGCCCUGCCUCGCCUGCCUCUCACCUGGGCGCAUCACCCUGCAGGCCUGUGGCAACGUAGGUGCCAGCAUCCUGGACUCCCCACUGCUGGGAAUCUCCUCAUUGUGGCCUUAUCAGAAGUUUGGAUUUCAGACCCUUGUUUUUUAUAGCAUACCCAAACCUUUCUCUCUGCUUGCCUCAAACUGACCAAAUAUACCCACACUUUGUGUAUGGUUUCCUUGCUCGCAUCUUGUCUCCUGAAACAGCCCACUCACUGGAGUUACACUCAUCCGCCCAUAAUUCUUACAGCUCUCGAGUGAAAAGAGUUCUCUUUGAAGGAUAGAAUUGACCUGUGGCCUCCUGUUUGAGGGCAGGAACAGCUGAGAGUUCUCUCGGUCAGAUAAAGGCCUUCGACUCGCGGUCUCUUUAGGAGAGAGGCUGUGGGUGAGGGGAGGCUGACGGAUGGUCUUCACAGUGGCCUGGGUUCAUUCUGAGUAAUGAGCUUGAACAGGGAGUCGCGGACAGUCUGAGGGCAAGGUGAGUUGAAGCCUGUGUCACGAGAGACCGGAAAAAACACAAAGAAAGGCAAGAAAGAAGGGGUUUUGCUUGUUCUAUUUUAUAACCUGAAACCUCAUUUCCUUCUCUUAAACGAUAAAUAUUUUCACUAAUGACAGAGGAGAUUGUUUAUCAAGAACUUGCCCAAAGCCCUUGUAGACCUGUUCCCACAACUGAUGUUUUAGAAUGUUCUUUCCACGUCCUUAGGGCAUGAGAAAGAACCAGGUAAGUCCAGCUUUAUCUUCUGUUGGCUCCACUGGGAAACGCCCAUCUGUGGGCGCCUCAGUCCUCAAGGCCUAGGGCAUCACGGGAAGGAACAUCUUAUUUGGAAAGAACAUGGGAGACCAGUGUUUUAAUGGGGUAGCACUAGGGACUCGGGCACACAAUGGCAUGGAUCAGCUAUGGCCAUGAUGUCUGCUAGGUUACAGAGUUACUAACCUCUAGAUUGACCAGAAAGGGGCUGCAUGUAAGGCAGAUGCGGUCCAAUCAUCAGGAAGGAAGAGCAGGGAUGCUUUACAAGGUCUGCACCUGGCCAAGGCACUUGUCACCCCCAAGCCUCUGUCCUGUUCUCAUUUCAUUUGUGUGCUAAAAAUCUAAAAGACUCCUGGCUUCCACUUCCGGUAACACUCCUUUGAAAGGUGAGUAGACUAGUUACCGACUCACAGGUAGGGUGGUUUCCUCUCCCCUUUCCUCCCUUUUACUCCAGCUAUAACCGAUGAAGUAUCUAGAACUUCCAGCUAAUUUUUUCCUCCUAGUCCUGAGAAUUCUACCUCUUUCAUCCCAUGCCAGAAUGACCGUCUCUUGGUUGAGUCCCAGUUGCCCCAUGGUCUGCACCUGUGCCCCUUUCCCCAGUGACAGGCAGUUGGCACAGGACAGGGCAGCAUUUCCAAGUGGUUUGUCGGCCGCUUGCUCAUGCGGUUAUCCGUGGCUGCCCUGGCGAUGGUUUCGAAGGGUCAGAAAGAAAUGAAGCUAUGCCGUGGCUUCUGACCGUCAAAGGCAUCCACGGUGACCAGGUGCAAGUAGAAACUUUCCUUUGACCCCCCCCCCCCCAAGCUGUCCCUCAUUGUGUGAUCUCAGGACGUUGACCAUGCUGGGAUAGUCCUGCGUGGAUAUGUACCCACAGGCCAUGAGCUCACAGCCAGUCUCCUGAAGCCCCUUGGGCUUCUGCUCCUUGUGGAAUGGCUGCUUCCAGUGAUGGAGAUCACAGGAGAUAGUUAGACUGCUCUUCAAGAUGUAGGAAAAGGUUCAUCUCUGUGGGUGUCUGGAAUUGAGUGGGGCCCCCACCCAAGCAUCCUCAGACCACACUGAUUUGAUGAGCACUGAAGGAAGGGGUCACCUGUUGUUUAUCUAGCAGCUAGCAGCCUCAGACAAUUUCAGCAUCUCUAUUAACAUAAUGUACAUACUGUGCAAGUCACCCUUCCAAGGCCCCCAAUUCAGUGACUUUGGGUAUAUCGAUUUUAGUUUUCUUUGCUGCAGAUGAAACCCAGGGCUUCUCACGUGUCAGGCAAAGUAGUCUACUAGUGAGCCACAUCAGUGACAAUGAACACAGUUUAGAACACAUCAGCCCUCGAGCCAGGGCUGGGGUCAUUUGCACAAGCUUUAGGGGCAGAGCAUUAGCUCAGGAAACAGUGUUUAAAUUCCUUAUGGAUAUCUCGAGUCCUAAAAUACACAAUUCCAUCCUAUCGUUAUCCUUGUAUUUGGCUGGGAAUGCAAACAAAGAUUAUGGUAUAUCAAAGGACCAGGGGAUUUCUUAUGUCAUCAAGACCUUUUUUUGUCUGACUCCAUAGCAAAGCUAAGAUUGACUAUAUUUAUACAACAAAAGCUUUGUAAAAGAUUUUUCAGUUUUGUGAAAUCCUAUUGGUGUCUCGUCAGGACGGGUCGGAUUUCCUUUUUAUUCUGUCUCCCAAGCAUUUAUAGUUUGUUAGGGAUGGAUGUUGC